CCGCCCCGCCCCGCUCCCCCUCCGCGCUGCCAGCCCGCAACCGGCACGGGGAGCGGCGGGAGCGGUGCCACCGGGAUGCGGCGCGGACCAGCACCGGCCGCGGAGCCGGGUCCGCGGCUGCUGCUGCUGCUGCUGCUGCUGCUGGCGGCCGCGCUGGCAGCUCCGUGCUGCGCCGCGGCGGGGGACGGCGGACGGCGGCGGGCCGCCAGCCUGGGCGAGAUGCUGCGGGAGGUGGAGGCGCUGAUGGAGGACACGCAGCACAAGCUGCGCAACGCCGUGCAGGAGAUGGAAGCUGAAGAGGAAGGAGCAAAAAAACUAUCAGAAGUAAACUUUGAAAACUUGCCUCCCACCUACCAUAACGAGUCCAACACAGAAACCAGAAUUGGUAAUAAAACUGUUCAGACUCAUCAAGAAAUUGAUAAGGUUACAGAUAACAAAACUGGAUCAACAAUUUAUUCUGAGACAGUUAUUACAUCUAUAAAAGAUGGAGAAAACAAAAGAAAUCAUGAGUGUAUCAUUGAUGAAGACUGUGAAGCAGGGAAAUAUUGCCAGUUCUCCACUUUUGAAUACAAGUGUCAGCUCUGUAAAACCCAACAUAAACAUUGCUCACGGGAUGUUGAAUGCUGUGGAGACCAGCUUUGCAUUUGGGGUGAGUGCAAGAAAGCCACUUCAAAAGGAGAGAAUGGCACCAUUUGUGAGACCCAACAAGACUGCAACCCAGGAAUGUGCUGUGCUUUUCAGAAAGAACUGCUAUUUCCUGUGUGCACUCCAUUACCUGAAGAAGGUGAACCUUGCCAUGAUCCUUCAAAUAGACUUCUCAACCUGAUCACCUGGGAACUGGAACCUGAUGGAGUACUUGAGCAAUGUCCAUGCGCAAGUGGCUUGAUCUGCCAACCUCACAGCCACGGUACUACAUCUGUGUGUGAACUGUCCUCCAAUGAAACCAGAAAUAAUGAGAAAGAAGAUCCCUUAAUCAUGGAUAAGAUGCCAUUUCUGAGUUUGAUACCCAGAGAUAUCCUUUCUGAUUACGAAGAGAGCAGCGUCAUUCAGGAACAACUCUAUGGAUCCCUCAGCAACCUAUACACACGUAAAUGGCAGUUUAAUGAAGCUAUUCUACCUACUGGAUGGUACUCACACCAUGCUUCCUUCUGCUUCCAUCUCAUUUGUGUGGGACAUGAAGUGGCACAGCUUAAACAGAAAAGGAAGAAUGAGGGAAUUCCUCUGUGCAGCAGUGCCUGGCUCUCAAGCUGCUGGAUUCCUCAGGCUUUUUAGGUUACUGUGUAUCAGCAAGCAGAAAACCAGAAGUUCGAUUCUUCAGAAUCCUUUUUUUUCCUCUCUGGAGCAAAACUUAGCUGCCAAUCAUAUCCCAAGCCUAGCAGUUUUGCUGGUAAGGAAUUCAAUUCUGAAAAGAAAACAACUGAAGAAAAAUGCAGUGCGAAUAUAAAUCCAGAGGAACAGCAGACAAGGUUCAAAAUAAUUCCCAUAAUACUCUGUGUAUAUAAUGUCCAUAUACACACAAAUAUACAAACAGGCUUACAAUUCUGACAUUGCCUUGGAAAAGUCUAUUUCCAUGAAAUAACUCUGCCAUUUUUGAAAUAAAAACCACAGCAUUUAAUGAGUAAAAUGCAACAGAAUGAACAAAUGUUUUAUUGGCAUGUUCAUUGUUGUAAACAGCAUCUGGCAUGAAAAAGUUUACCAAAAUCUUUUGAUUGUUAUAAAUUAGGUGUUUUUUCAAAAACUAAAGAGAAUUGUUCUCUAUUGAUCUUUAUGGACCAAAGCAAAAAAUUGCUGUUCCUAGGCUUUGCAAUGAAAUCAUGUUGACUGCAUAAGUCUUUGCACCACAACCUGAACUACCAAGUUUAUAUGUUGAGGUGUUAGAGGUUGCCCACAUAUUUGACUACGAAUAGCUAUGGAAUCAACUCCAGGAAAAAAUAAAAUGACUUUCAGCAGGUGGAGAAGAUGUGAACUUGUAAUAGUCUCAAAAACAAAAUGUACAAAAAAGUAGCUGAACAAAACAAAACUUCAUUAACAAGGGGAAUACAACCCUAAAGUACCCAGCAUUGCCAAACAAAAAGAAUACAAAUUUAAAUAGGCAACUACACUUUCAAAUGUACACAAUGAAUGUUGAUAUGUGAAAAGAAAUACCAUGGUAAAUAGCUGAACUGCAGUUCUGUUAAAUGGAUAGGGCAAGUUUUAUUUACACAUUGGAUGCAAUAUAAUAGAGCUGCUCAUCGGCUUCUGUAACCUGUUAAAAACCAAGUUUACCUUUCAACAGCAUUUUGCAAAAAUGAAGUAACCCCUGGCUGGCAGCUUUCUACAGACCUCUCAGACCACCUGUUUUAUGGGAAAACAUUCUCAAGACUUAGACUUGUAGCACUUCCAUUACAUUUUUAACCCUUUUUUGCUGCUUUUCCAUAACCAAUGUGUUAACAUUUACUUCAGACUGUCUGAUGAGGUAAUGUGUGUAUCAGUGAAACAAACAAAAGGAUUCUUUCAUGGCCUUUGCACAGCUUUUAUUAUUAAGCUAUGAGUAUCCUGUUUGAGGCUAGUUUCACUAGCUACUAUGUGCACACUGUCCUCAAAAAUUUCCACUCAUUUCCCUCCCCACCCACUUUUUAGUUCUAAUCUUUUAUUUGCACAUCCCUUUUAGCUUUACAGUACAUUUGACUAUAGUGCACAACAUGAUUCCAAGUCAAACAGUGACCCAACGGGGCACUGCGCUUCUGAUUGGUAACACAGCCCAAUCAGUGCUGGUGUCAGCGCUUUACACCUAAUGAGUGUCCUGCCAUAAUGGCACUACACAGUAGUAGUGAACCUUCUUAUUUUAGACAAAAAAAAUUCCCCAGGGAAAAUGCUAUAGCAAGUAUCAGUCUUGAGUCAAAUCUUUAUUUGGUGCUCCAUCCAGAUAUAUUUUUAGUGCUUUCUCUUUACGAGGAGAGUAGGUUACGCGGUGUCCAGUUUUCUGGAGCCUGCUGCUUUCUUUUUUCAUCAGUUCAUUUCUCUGUUCAUCUGUUAAUUCCAUUAAUUCUUCAGUUUUAUCCCUAAAAAUAAAAACACAUGUUGAAAGCUAUGUUAAAUUUAAUACAAUGACAAUUAGAUUUCUGUAUUUUCUCUCCUAUUAGAGCAGCCUAGUAAAGUAACAAAACUAAGCAUAAUAUUCCAUGCAAAUACUUUUCCUCUUCUCCAUUGACUAAUAUCAAUCCAAAACUGCUUUUCUAACAGCAACAUUCAGUAUUUUAACUGACAGCAGACUCAACAGAAAGCAGCAAGAAACAAGACUUUAUUCAAUCUAACUGAUCACUCCUAUUCUUUGUAAACAGCUACGAUUGACUGUUCUUUAUCCUGCCACAGCCCCAACAGCUAGAAGAAGCAUGUCAGCCAGCCAUUACUAGAAACUACCAGCUAUUCUCCCAAACAAUUUCCUUCAUUAAGGCCAGUAUGUUAUCAACCAGCGUUUCCUCAAAUUCACAUUACAAGAAGUACUGUAGAAGGAACAUGUUAAUUACGUUCCACCCCCCACUCUCCAAGUCUAUCAGAAAUUACAAUAUUAAAGCUCUUAGUCCUCAAAAACUGCCACUGGGCUACUGCUGUCAGCUAAUUAACAUUUUUCAUGUUAAAAUUUUUAAUCCUGGCAUCCUCUUUUCCAAAAAAACCACACUAAUUUCACAAACAUACUCAGAACAUAAAUUUGUUGCUCCCUAAUUCCUAUCAUAAGACUCUCAGACUCCAGUAGGGAUAUGUUUCUACUUUAAGAGAUUAAAUCCAAAUACACACUCAAGCAUAGCAACUAUUUUUUGUAUUCUGUAUUAUUUUCAAUGAUUUCGGAGAAGGAAGUGAGUAAAAGGGAACAGUGUUUGUUUUAUUAAAACAGUUAAUAUCUAGUUUUGUAGGAAAUUGAGAUGCAUACAUAUUCUGAUUCAAUGGUUUCAACCAUCUACCACAAGCAUUUUUCCUUCAAGAAAAAGGAAGAAUAUUUUUAAGCUUCUAUUGAUUACAUCACCCCUCAAAUCUUAAACAGAUUUUUUGCGUUAUUAUACUGUAAUAAUACACAUACCUAUAAAAUAUUACUGCACCAUCAUCACAAAUGUACAGAGGCCAGACAUUCAAUGUUGAUACUUUAGGAUUCCAGUCCAAAUCCUGGUGAAUCUCUAGUAUGGAAAUGUCACAUGGAAACGUUCCUCUACCCUGAGAAGAAGCAAUUAUUUACUGAGUAAAAUAUACAGUCACACAUUCAUGCCAAUAAAAUGUUAAAAAAAAUAAUUAAAUAAAUACUUACCUUUGCAAACUCU